UGGGGUUUCUCUUUUCACUGCUUUCGGUUUUCAGCGAAGAUAAUGUUUCCUCCUCGCCGGAGUUCGUCGGAGCAGCCCUCGAGAAGUAGAGAGGAGCCAUGGCUCGCCCGUGGUCUCAAGCCGGAGAAUUUUGUUCCGGGACUCGUAAUCGGAUUCCUUAUGGGCCUGUUCCUUGACAUUUCGGCGUCCUAUCGAGGUCACAGUUUGAAAGGUAGAACGCUGUCCAAGCAGCUGAAGACAGCUUCAGAUGGCGGCGGUGAGGAGCUUAAGAUGGUGUUAGUAGUUAGACAAGAUCUCAAGAUGGGAGCUGGCAAAAUUGCUUCUCAAUGUGCUCAUGCCGCCACAGGCAUGUAUGCAGAUUUGUUGCAAAGCCAGCGAUCUUUGUUGAGACAGUGGGAAAAUAGUGGUCAAGCAAAAAUAGUUCUCUCUUGCAAAAAUCAACAGGAAAUGAAUAAGCUGAAGGAAGCAGCUGAUCGGUGUGGUCUCCCUACAUUUGUUGUAGCUGAUGCAGGGCGCACGCAGAUUCUAGCUGGUUCAAGGACAGUUCUUGCUAUCGGGCCAGCAGGGCGAAAGAGUCUUAUUGACUCCGUCACCGGAAAAUUGCGCCUUCUUUAACAAUAGUGAUAAGGAGUGCUUGUCCAGGAAAUAUAAAAUCUUCUUUAUCUAAUGCUGCAAGCAUGAUGAAGAAGAUAAAAACAAAAUUGGUGAAAACUUAAAUGGUGAAAAAGGCAAUGCUAAUUGCUAAUUGAAAGAUGCAAACCAAUGGCAUCAAAAGAUUCAUGUCCAAGAUUGUUCUACAUCUGAUGAAGAGUCAAACAAGUUUGAUGAGAGACACUUUUGCAAGCAGAGGUUGAGACCUUGGCUCUAAUUUCAGUGUAAUAGUCUCCAUGUUUGAACUAAUUAUUGUGUUCUUCUUUGGAUCCAAAGACAAAUAGAGCUUGUUAUUAUAAUUUUGCCAACGUGUCUUGCUAGUGUUUGUUUAACCAGGUUUCAAGGAGCUGGUGGAGAAGUCCGUGACACCAUAAGUGAUGGAGAGUGCCUACCAAAUCCCUUGGCAGUACUUUAUUAUGUUUAUAGAGUUUAUCAUGCCCCUUGCUCUGCACCUGUUUGUUUGUAAGUUUAGGCUAUAGUCCAACAUAGGUGACAUUUAGUUGCUUGUGUGUGCUUUUGUUGGGACUAGAGCUUCAAACUCUUGACUAACAUAAGCUUCCAACAAGUCACAGGUUUUAACUUUGUUUUUCCUUGUGAAAUUUGUGCUCUAUGUGGAUUCUUGUGUGACUUGUGAAAAUUGUCCUCUUCUGACUAGUGUAUGACCUCUUCUUCU